ACGGGGCGGAGCAUAGUUCCAGUGGGAGCUGUAGGUUUCAGUCGAGCGUCGCUGAGCUCGCGCGGCUGAGGUCGUCUCAGCAGCCAUGGCGAAAGGCAGAGUCACCGAGCGCUCGCAAACGGGGGCACUCCAUACGACCCCACCGGGGGACAGGGCAUCGGGUCCUACGGUACCAGACAGCGGAGACCACUUAAAGGAAAAAGCCUGUGCUGAAGCUGGGUCAGCAAGAACGUCACUUCUUAUAUUGGUGUCCAUUUUCUUAUCUGCAGCUUUUGUUAUGUUUUUGGUAUAUAAGAAUUUUCCUCAGCUUAGUGAAGAAGAAAGAGUGAAUAUGAAGGUCCCAAGAGAUAUGGAUGAUGCCAAGGCUCUAGGAAAAGUUUUAUCCAAAUAUAAGGACACCUUUUAUGUACAAGUACUUUUAGCUUAUUUUGCUACAUAUAUUUUCUUGCAGACAUUUGCUAUUCCGGGCUCCAUAUUUCUCAGCAUACUCUCAGGGUUUCUUUAUCCCUUUCCACUAGCCUUAUUUCUUGUCUGUUUGUGUUCGGGACUUGGUGCCUCAUUCUGCUACAUGCUCUCCUAUUUAGUUGGGAGGCCAGUUGUAUACAAAUACUUAACAGAGAAAGCAGUAAAAUGGUCACAACAGGUUGAACGUCAUAGAGAACAUCUCAUUAACUACAUUAUAUUUUUGAGGAUAACACCAUUUCUGCCUAAUUGGUUUAUUAAUAUUACAUCUCCUGUUAUAAAUGUGCCACUGAAAGUUUUUUUCAUUGGCACUUUUCUAGGUGUUGCACCUCCUUCAUUUGUAGCAAUAAAGGCAGGAACAACACUCUACCAGCUUACAACAGCAGGGGAAGCUGUUUCCUGGAACUCAGUAUUUGUCCUAAUGAUUUUGGCUCUUCUUUCUAUUCUGCCAGCUAUCUUCCAGAAAAAGCUAAAGCAGAAAUUUGAAUGAAAAAUCAUCUGGGUUUUAGUUUUCCUCUAAAUAACAUCACCAUUAUCAUCUCAGGAUUGGCAGGUUUAUGUGUUAAAGUCCCCUGUUCAGUAAUUGAAACAAGGAAUUUGUAAAACAAAAUUACCUACCAGACAGUUAAAAUAAUGCAUUUAAUUGACAAAAGAGAGAAGAAAGUAAAAGUGGAAAUUGGUAUACUAUGGAAAAUGCUGUCAGUAGUUAUGAAAAGUAUCUUUUAAAUACUAUUCCAAAGGUAGCUAUAUAUAACUAGUAGCAAAGUAGCAAGAAAUUCUUGACCUAAGCAGAUUCAAUAUAUUUCUUGAACUGGCUAUACUUACUUAGCCUGGACUUGUAAAUUUAAUAUAUAUAUCUAUUUUUACCCCUUACUAAUAACUAACGUAGAUAUAUAAAAAUAAAAGGUUCUGGAUUUUUUUUAAAAAGUGCAUUGCAAUUCUGGCAUAAACUUUUUUUCAUAGCAUAAACUUAAAAACAAGCUCAAAAGAGAUUUACACCUUUUUAGCCUGGAGGUAGUGGAUUUGUUUAAAAGUUACAUCUUAGUUGGUUUUGAAUUUGGAAAGGAUAUCAAGUUAUAUUUAUUUUGUGAAUUUUAUUUUGCUUUUUUCUGUUCUGAAUUAUCAUGGAUUAGUCUGAAAUUUAAAGUUCUGACCAGUCUAAUCAUUUUUCUAGUUUUUACAAUAUUUUUUACAAUAUUUUACAAUAUUCCCUGUGCAUAUACAAAAUGACAAUUGCAAGAUAGUUGGUGUUGAUAAGUUAUAUUCAGUUAAUAUUUUGUUACACAUUUUCCCUUUACAAUCUCAAAAGAGGGUCAAGGAAGUAAACAUUAGAUGUUAUUAGAUGGUAGAUUAUAUUACUUUAUAUUUUGAAACAGAAGCAAUGGCACCAUUACACUUCAGGUGGUCAUAGUUUAUUUGUUUCAGUGACUUUAAAAUUUACCUCAUUAUUUGUUUGGUCAUUAAAGUAUGUACUACAUAAUUAUCCUUUUUAUGCAUGAUACUCUUAUAAGAAUGCCUUGUUUCAUUUCUGUUGAUGGCUUUUUGUUUCAGGCUGCUUUUGAUUAACGCAGCUUCCUGAUUUAGUAUUUCUACUUUCUGUAACUUAAAGUUAAAUUAACUUUUGACAUGGUAACUACUAUAUUUAAAUAGUCCUGGAGAAACUAGACAGCUACUUGCUUAAUGGUACUCUUGAUUCCUUGAUUUUAGGACAUAGCUGAUCUAAAGUAAAAUACUCUUGUCAGUUUUGCCUUCACCCAAGACUGUCAUGUUGAAAAGUACUUAAGCUGUGGGAAAAAAAUCCUUGUAUGUUUUUAUUGUGGAGGUAUGAUCAUCCUCAAUGCCUGUUUCUACUACAUAUUGUGGACUGAUUCAUUAUUUUUUCUAUCACAGUAUUAACAAAUGGAUUUAUUGUAAAUACAAAAGAAAUAUAUUGAUUAAUAUACUAUUCUUAUGUCAUCUGGCCUUUUGUGUGAAAUUAUUUAUUGUUAUUUCUAGUAAGGUUUUCUUCCUUUCUCAUUGACGAGAGACUGAGUGAUGAAGCUUUUGUUACUUUUACACAUGAACUUAAAAUACAGCCUUAUGGACAAUGUUCAUUAAAUAUUGCUGUUUAAAAUGUAAUUGAGUACAUUUUUAUCAGACUUUUAAAAAUAAAAAAUAAGAGCUUGGACUCAG